AUGGGGCAGGAAAAAUCAAGUACCGUGGGUCAGGAUGAGCCUAUUUCCAUCCCACAGGUCAAGGUUGACCUUGCCCCGCGGCCUGCCAUCGAUUCCCAGGUUGAUGCAGCUGGUGCAAAACAAGCAUUCAUUUUUGCGCCUGAAACACAAAGUGUGACGGAAUCUAUUGCACAGUUAGAAUCCACUGCCAGCACUGCCACUCCCGAGCAGCCGCACCCUGCCGUACCAGAAUCUCAAGCAACACCUACGGCCGCCUCGGAACCUGAGGUCAAAGAGGAGCCUGUGGUCAAAGAGGAGCCUGUGGUCAAAGAGGAGCCUGUGGUCAAAAGGGAGCCUGUGGUCCAAGAGGAACCUGAGAUUCGGACCACAUCUAAAGACGAGACCGAACUAGAAGUGACUGACAACAAGGCAUCCGCUUCUGCGCUAAAAACUCCCGAAGUUGCCAGCGCCGACAAAGGGCAUGAAUCUGCCCCCAUUAUCGUUUCAGAUUCCACUCCGCCUGAGAACGAGAGUCCUGAAGAGCCAUCUAUCACCCUGGAGUCCGAUGAGAAGGAGGCAGUAUCACAAUCUCAUUUAGAACCCAAUUCUGCGCCUUCGCCUAUAAAUGCGCCUAUAAUGACGUCUGGAGAAAUAGCCGAUCUGGAGCCAGAACAUAUUCCUGUGCAGAUACCUGGAACAGAAACGGCAUCAGAAUGCGAUACUACACCCGCGCGUGUACCUAAACCUGUUGCAAAGGCUGAGCCAAUAUCCAUACCUGCGUCUGAACCGGAGCCAGAAAUAGAAGCCGACCUCGAUCACGACAGUUCAUUCUCAUCCACGCCGGAGUCUUUCCAUUCAGUAGACCCAUCAUCACCCUCCGAUUCUGUUUCAACGCAUACGCCCUCGAUGGAUGUACCAAUGCCGGACAUUCAUCAUUGGAAGAAGGAAAAUGAAGCUCCCACACAGCCCAAGAGGAUCUCGUCCAAUCCAGUCACACAUGGAUUUGCACCACAAGUCGAUGGUUCUUCAAGCCGAAGUUCCCCUCCUGUCACUGAUGUCCCCGUCCUGAAGCCACACCCCCUGGCUGCAGUGUCUUCUCCGUGUAACGACCCGCCGAAAUCUUCUUUGGCUAUUCCCUCCACCACAAAGCCUACCUCUGCAUUCGCUGUGAAGGCUUCGCCUCCAACCGACUUUGAUCACAUGAGCACCGAGUUCCGCCGUCGAGCAAAAGGCAACCCGAGAGCGCGAUGUCUCCCCAAUGCCUCCCUCGUCCGCCAUCUACCAACCAAGGGCAGGGGACGAGGCUUCGUCUUUUAUUUCCAAAGCCCUGACUCUUGUUCUGGUACCUCCAGUGGCUCUUUUCAUCGUCCUCCUGCAUGUGGCAGCGCGCAUUGUGAUCAACCCUGCAAUCAACGCGACUCUAGGCGACUCCAGACGAGGCUCAACAUCAUCCGGAAAACAAACAAUCACCGAGGAUGA